UACCACUUCCUUCCAAAUUUUGACUCAAUCCUCCAUAGAUCCAACUGCUUCACUUCUUGCUAUUGGGUUUGUAACUCCAACAGCUCCAUCUUGAUCAUGUAUUCUUCUCCCUAUUUAAACAGAAAGAAUCCAUCUGCAUUCUCAAUUUCAGAAACCUUUAUUCCUGUUGUCCAUCAGCUCUAGAAACUAAGCAAAGCUUAAGGAUACCUACUAACUCUACAGAAAUCAAGAUGAUGUUCAGGCAAGCAUCACCUUCUCUCUCCCUUCUGGUGCUAAUUGCCACCAUUCAGAUGGCAAGAAUCAUUACCACUGUUGAUGGGGCUGCAGCCGGAGGUUCUAUCAUGGAGUUGUACAUGCACGACAUCCUGGGGGGCAGUAAUCCUACGGCUAGGCCAAUAACUGGUUUGCUUGGAAACAUUUACAGUGGUCAGGUACCCUUUGCUAGGCCUGUAGGAUUCUUCCCUCCAAAAAAUGGGGUCGCCAUCCCAAAUGCCAAUGGUGCAAUCCCCACUGUCAAUGCCAAUGGUGUCCCACUUGGUACAGGUUUAUCUGGUACAACUUUUGCCGGUUCUCCAACUGGCCAAUCCACCAAUGAUCAGUCUAUACAAUUGGGACCUGAUGGUUUGGGUUUGGGGUUUGGUACAAUCACCGUCAUCGACGACAUUUUGACGAGUACAACUGACUUGGGGGGUCAGCAAAUUGGAAAAGCACAGGGUGUGUAUGUGGCAAGCUCCGCCGAUGGGACAACACAAAUGAUGGUGUUCUCAGCUAUGAUUGAGGGUGGAGAAUAUGGAGACAGUCUCAACUUCUUUGGGGUGUACAAGAUUGGGAGUUCCAUGUCACGUUUAUCAGUGACUGGUGGGACUGGAAAGUAUGAAAAUGCUUGUGGAUAUGCUGAGGUCCGGCCACUCAUCCCACCUGGUCAGCAUGUCACUGAUGGAGCAGAGACACUGCUAAGAAUCACAGCCUAUCUCACCUAGUACAAAUGUCCUGGACAUUGAAAAGCAAAUGUCAGCUGAUUGUUUGGAAGUUGGAAAUUAUUGUGAGGUUGUUUUGUAGUUCUCCUGCUAUUGUGAAUUGUGGUAGCUUGUGAGUCAAGUUGCAUUUUAAUGUGUAUCAACAUAUAAAAGUUGUAAUUUCUGUCAAUGAAAGUAUUUUAAGUGUUGCUUGAA